AAGAGAGCAGGACAGCCUCAUUGGCAGAGGGACUCCUGGCGAGAGUUUGGGUGAACACUACAGCCAUUGUAAACAGUUUCUUGGGCUCCUUUCCGGCAGAGUGACAAAGAGCUUUUGGAAGGAGACACAAGAUGAACUAUCCCCUUGGAGUCUUCAUUUUUGGACUGCUUUCAACCUGCCUGCAUUGGGAAGGUGCUCAAUGCGUUCCAGGGUACAACCUGACGGUCCCUCCUGAAGUGAGAGUACAGGAGGGGUUCUGUGUCAUCAUCCCCUGCAAAUUCACUUACCCAGAACCGGCUCACACCAAUGGUGUUAAAUUGCAUGGAUAUUGGUAUACCGAAGGCAGUAGAUCUUCCGGUAGUGCAGUGGCCACCAAUGAUGGGUAUAAAGGGAUAGAAUACUUCGCUCGCGGUCGCUUCCUUCUGUCGGGGGACUUGGAACAAGGAGACUGUUCCCUCACCAUCAACAAUGCCAACAAAAACACUGAUGAGAGAGCAUACUAUUUCAGAAUAGAGAAAGACAUAAAAUAUAGCUACCCAACUAAACCAUUUGUGAGAGUGGCAGAGAAACCUGAAAUACAGAUACCGAGAAAGCUUCAGGCAGGACACCCAGUGAAUAUCAGUUGUACAACCCCAGGAAGUUGUUCUUCACAGGUGGCCCUCAUCUGGGGAGGCAUUUCUGUAGCCAACACAUCUAGGACCACAAGCAAGCUGACAAAUGAAAUCAAGGUUUAUGGUACCUUCAUACCCUCAGCUGCAGACCAUGGCCAGACUCUCACCUGCAUUGCCAGCUACAACCAAGGGAUCAGAACUAUGCAAACGGAGGAGAGGGUCCAGCUGGACGUCAACUACCCACCGAUGCUGUGGUUCAGUGGGAUACUUGAACGUCCUGGUGGAAGUCAGAGAAACUUCACAGGUGCUUUCCAUAUCGAAGUCCAGGAAGGUGACUCCAUCGCGUUGUUCUGCGGGAUAAAGAGCAACCCCCCAGGCAAUGCGUCCUGGGUGACAGAAUCACAAAAGACAACCGGUUGGCAAUCCUCCAGAACCAAUAUCCUGACAAUUUCGAAUGUGAAGCUGGCGGACAAAGGGGGAUACAAAUGCCGUGCAUCGAACACAGAGGGCGAGACUGAUGCCACCUUCCAGCUCUGUGUAGCAUACAGCCCCAGGCCAUGUGAACAGGAUAAUUCCCAAUGCUGGAGAGUUGACAAUGGAUUCCAGUGCAACUGUUCCAUCUGCUCCUAUCCUGUAUCUAGAAUUCAGUGGCAAGUGAAUGGGAAGAACUUGGAGGGGAACUACUCCGAUGAGACCAUGAAGGUCACUUCCUGGAAUAAGAUGGAAGAAGCCACCAGCAUUCUGCAUUUGACAGGGGACUUGGAUGGAGAGCAGCAUAUUAUCUGCCUUGGAACCAACCCUGGUGGACAGAUUCCCUUGAAGUUCUUCGUGGCUACUUCAGGAGAUUCUCUGAAAAAGAACCUAAUCAGCGGCGUAAUUGGUGCCCUCCUCAUGUUUGCUAUCGUCAUGCUGAUCGUUAUCAUCAUCUUUGUGAUUUUCAGAAGGUACCCAAAGGACAGAAAACCUUUGACUGCCUCAGAAUCUUACGCAAAGCCCUUGACUCACGUCCACAGCAAGCUUUCCCCAGAUGUCAAGCGUAACAGCCUCACGGUCCCUAAUCCACACAAAGGCAAUGACGCAGCUGAAGAUCAAGAGAAGUUUGAUGAAUUCCCCACCGAAAUCUCCAAUGACCCUGAAGAGUUGCAUUAUGCAUCUCUCAACUUUGGUGAACUGAAAUGUUUACCGGAAGCCACUUCAGAAGAAUCCAAAUCAGAUUAUGCUGAAAUCAAGAAGGUCUAGUCUGCAGUUGUUGAAACAGGAGCCGGAGAGGCAGAUUUAAGAGGAUUUCUCAAGUCUAGUUGACACUGCGAACAAAGGAGGUCACCUCCUGGUUCUGAUCUGCUGUUUGCCCUCUGAAGAAACCUCUUCCUCAUACUGUGCACAUGUCAAUUACCCUUCCUGCUCUUGUCCAUUUCUCUAUACCCCCUUUGGGGGAGCAUAGGCUGCCAUUGUUUACUCUGGCACUGAAACGUGAUCUGCAGCAAGUGAAGGAAGGGGGAAAGGGGCGUGUAGCUUUGUGGCAGAGCACAUGCUUUUCAUGUGCAAAGCCCUGGGUUCAACCCUCCAGCCAAAGACUCUGAAGCUUCAGGGGUGGGAGAUGAUGCCCACCUGUGAUGCUUAGAAACCACCUCUUCUCAGGAAGGCCGUCCUGAACAUUAGGCAGAGUAAGGUGACUGCCUCAGGCGGCAGCCUCCUAGCUGUUUGCCAGUAUUGAAGUAAGAUUCAACUGCCACUCUAGGCAGUUCCUUUGUGUAGAAAGCGGGGGGCACCAUCUUGUCCUAUACCUCAACAGAAAAAUGUAUUGAGACAGUUCUGGCCAUCGGAGCAAAAAGUAUUUAUUUUAAGGGAGCUUUGUAGGCUCAGUUUAGCCCCCUCCUGCAAAAAGUCCCAACCCCUGAUUUUUAACGGGUGUCAAACUUGCUAAAAGCAGAGGAGAGAGCCAGAGCAAUGUCUCUACCCCACCUCACUCGUGUCUCAUCAAAACAUAGGAAGAUGUCUUCUACUGUGUUAAGCUCAGUACUGUCUACACUGGCUGGUAGCAGCUCUCCAGGGUUUCGGGCAGUAGGCAGUCCCUAUCUGGAGAUGUCAGGGUUGAACCCUCAAUGCAGAGCAGGCGCUCUUCAAAGAUUUGCGUGCACGCAGAGGAAUUCUGAGCGCAGCCUUUUCGAUUUCAGCCGCAUGUUUCAGAAAUAAGGUCUCAGGUUGAAUAUAUGUUAUUCAUUCUAUAGGAAUGGCAUUGCAAGAAUUAAGGCUGCAACACCGUGGAAGCUAGUUGCAGACAAGAUGCAGACAAGAGAGCAGCUCCCAAGAUAUUUUAUUUAGGAUAGCUGUUUCUAGCUGUCUUUGUUUACUAAUGAUCUUAUUGUUUUGUUCUUUAUGUAAACCGCUUUGAAAGUUUGCAACAAUCGAGCGGAAUAUAAAUAUUGCGAAAUGAACGAAUAAAAUCAAUAAAAUCUUGCAGCUCCGUCUGCCAGUCAACCAAAGAGUGACAUCUCACAGCACGUGCCUCUGUGCAGGCAUUGAUUUGCAGCCUGCUGCAGGCUUUGAAAUGGAAUCCUCAGAGUCCCAGUGUUGUUGUUUUCCAUUAAAGAAGGAAACAACCAACCAUAUCACAAAAUGGCAUUUACUAUAGACUCAUAAAUAA